CUCGCGCGGGGAAGGACCGGAACUCCGGGCGGGCGGCUUGUUGAUAAUAUGGCGGCAGGAGCUGCCUGGGCUUCUCGAGGAGGCGGUGGGGCCCACACCCGGAAGAAGGGUCUCUUUUCAGUCUAGUGCGGCGGCCGCUGCGGACCCGGAAGUCCGGGCCGGUUGCUGAAUGAGGGGAGCCGGGCCCUCCCCGCGACAGUCCCCCCGCGCCCUCCGCCCCGACCCGGGCCCCGCCAUGUCCUUCUUCCGGCGGAAAGUGAAAGGCAAAGAACAAGAGAAGACCUCAGAUGGCAAGUCAGUUAAAGCUUCAAUAUCUGUACAUUCCCCACAAAAAAGCACUAAAAAUCAUGCCUUGCUGGAGGCAGCAGGACCAAGUCAUGUUGCAAUCAAUGCCAUUUCUGCCAACAUGGACUCCUUCUCAAGUAGCAGGACAGCAACACUUAAGAAGCAGCCAAGCCACAUGGAGGCUGCUCAUUUUGGUGACCUGGGCAGAUCUUGUCUGGACUACCAGACUCAAGAGACCAAAUCCAGUCUUUCAAAGACUCUUGAACAAGUCUUACAUGACACAGUUGUCCUCCCUUAUUUCAUUCAAUUCAUGGAACUUCGGAGAAUGGAGCAUUUGGUUAAAUUUUGGUUAGAGGCUGAAAGUUUUCACUCUACGACUUGGUCUCGAAUAAGAGCACACAGUCUGAACACAGUGAAGCAGAGCUCAUUGGCCGAGCCUGUCUCUCCAUCUAAAAAGCACGAAACUACAACGUCUUUUAUAACUGAGUCUCUUGACAAGAGAUUGGAGGAUUCUUGCUCAGCCCAGUUGCUUAUGACUCCAUCAGAAGGAAUUGACGUGAAUAAUAGAACUAGCAACAUUCAGAAUCACUUGCUGCUUUCCCGGGAAUGUGACAGUGCCCAUUCUCUCCAUCUUGAAAUGGCCAGAACAGGAACUCAUCAACUUUCCAUGGAAACCCAAGAAUCCUCCUCCAGACUUCUAGUAGCCAGUAGAAAUAGUCCCUCUUCACCACUAAAGGACUUAUCAGGAAAAUUAAUGAAAAGCAUAGAACAAGAUGCAGUGAAUACUUUUACCAAAUACAUAUCUCCAGAUGCUGCUAAACCAAUACCGAUUACAGAAGCAAUGAGAAAUGACAUCAUAGCAAAGAUUUGUGGAGAAGAUGGACAGGUGGACCCCAACUGUUUUGUUGUGGCACAGUCCAUAGUCUUUAGUGCAAUGGAGCAAGAGCACUUUAGUGAGUUUCUGCGAAGUCACCAUUUCUGUAAAUACCAGAUUGAAGUGCUGACCAGUGGAACUGUUUACCUGGCUGACAUUCUCUUCUGUGAGUCAGCCCUCUUUUAUUUCUCUGAGUACAUGGAGAAAGAGGAUGCAGUGAAUAUCUUACAGUUCUGGUUGGCAGCAGAUAACUUCCAGUCUCAGCUGGCUGCCAAGAAGGGCCAGUAUGAUGGACAGGAGGCACAGAAUGAUGCCAUGAUUUUAUAUGACAAGUACUUCUCCCUCCAAGCCACACAUCCUCUUGGAUUUGAUGAUGUUGUGCGAUUAGAAAUCGAAUCCAAUAUCUGCAGGGAAGGUGGGCCACUCCCUAACUGUUUCACAACUCCAUUACGUCAGGCCUGGACGACCAUGGAGAAGGUCUUUUUGCCUGGCUUUUUAUCCAGCAAUCUUUAUUAUAAAUAUUUGAAUGAUCUCAUCCAUUCGGUUCGAGGAGAUGAAUUUCUGGGAGGGAACGUUUCACUGGCCGCUCAUGGCUCUGUCGGCCCUCCUGAUGACUCUCACCCAGGCGGUUCCGAUGGCUCAGCUUCUCAGUCCAGUAUGAAAAAAGCCAGUGUUAAAAUUCUGAAAAAUUUUGAUGAAGCGAUCAUUGUGGAUGCUGCCAGUUUGGAUCCAGAAUCUUUGUAUCAGCGGACAUAUGCAGGGAAGAUGACAUUUGGAAGAGUAAGUGACUUGGGGCAAUUCAUCCGAGAAUCUGAGCCUGAACCUGAUGUGAAGAAAUCAAAAGGAUCCAUGUUCUCACAAGCUAUGAAGAAAUGGGUGCAAGGAAAUACUGAUGAGGCCCAAGAAGAGCUAGCUUGGAAGAUUGCUAAAAUGAUAGUCAGUGAUGUUAUGCAACAGGCACAAUAUGAUCAGCCCUUAGAGAGGUCUACAAAGCUAUGACUCAAGACCUGAGAUAAAGGAAAUCUGCUUUUGAAAAAUAAGAGAACUUUUUUCCUUUGGUUGGAUUCUUCAACACAGCCAAUGAAGACAAAGCACUGUAUUUCUUUUCACGAAUAUAUCACUGUUGUUCCCAAGAAAGAAUGGCAGACAAUCCUAGACUUCCAUCCUAAGCAGAGUGACAUGUAGACAUUUGCUGCACAUGAUGUUCACACAGUGAAAGUCAUAAAGAGACAAAGUGGUAUUGUUUACAUUACUAGAAAACUAAUAGCUUUCCAAUGGCAAUAACCCAUUUACGAAAGAAUUUUAGUCCACUGGAAUAGACAGGGACCACAUACUGUGGGAGGCAGACAAGCGCAGAGCGGAUACUCGAUGCCCAUUCUGUAGCGGUAACCCAUCCCUAAAAGUAUCAUAAAGCAGGUACCAGAAGUGCUUUGCUUUGGCCUCCUAAACCAACAGGUGAGUCAGCCCCUCCGAGAGCCAGGCAGCUCAGGGAGGCAGCGUGGUGCUAGCGGGUUGUUUUCCUUCAGCGUCAUUGUGCAUUCGCAGAGGCAUUAAUUUGGGAGGAAGCCAGCUGAUAGGUCAUCUCAGUGGCAUUGUCCUUCCCUGUGGUGACAACAUACACUUUUUACAUUUUAAUUGCUCCUAAAAUGCAGUAUACUGAAAACCGGGCUCUCCCCUGCUAACAAAAAAGAGGAGUCUCCUUUGCUUUGCGCAUCAGGACCUGCUCUUCUGGAAUACUCCUCCAGGUUACUCCACUUUCCCUUCAGAAUACGUGUGGGAAGGAAUGUACAGUAACAGCCACUCCCGUUUCCCCUGUGGUACCUUGGACAAAAUGUUUGUUCCCA